UCAUUUUGUUCUGUGACACAAGGAUCGAACAGACAAGUUAGACUGUUAAGAAGAUGUAUACUAACGGUGCUGCAGGAAACGUCAAACGAAUGAAUUAUUACAUUCCUAUCCAAAAGGACCAUGCAGAGACUGCUAAUGCAAGCACUUCUUCCUCCAAUCCAUCUUUACGGUCUCACCAUACAACUCGUAUCUUGGGAAGGAGAUAUGACCUAACAUCCACAUUCUAUAAAUAUCUAGAAAUUGGAAUCAGUGUAGGACCUGUGUCUUGCGUGGAAAUUAUUCUUGGUGACAAUCGCGGCAAUCACAUGAUAUUACCACAUCAAAUCUGGAAGGAGAUUAUGCACAAACGCACAGACUUCGAUCGACUCCUGCAACAGGCUGAAACUUCGCCGUUUUGGAUUCGCGACUUGUCAAUCAAAAGUGAUAAAAUACAGAAUGCUAAAGUUCUGAAACUCACUCUAUUCGGCAAUAUUUUAUAUGUUAAACGAAAAACAUUAGAUAGGUUAUUUAUUUAUGAACAAUGUAUUGACCAUAUGUAUGGAUGGCUUUGUGAGAAUACACAUCUUGUUGACACAAAGUUUAAAAGGUUUGUAAAGAUUUUACAACAGAAUAACAUCACCGGCGUAUGUUACGAGUCAAAAACCAUUGAUUGGGAUUAUGCUGCUAAAGUGAUACGUGAUAACGAGGAUUUCGGUUGCGACUCGCUUGUUGAUUGCGAACUAUUGGCUUGUGCUUUACCCGACAUUGUACAUUACGCUUUGGAACAUGAUUUGUAACCUCUAGUUUUAAUAAAAUAACAUAUCGUAUAUAUAUUCUUAAUUACCUCCUGCA